UGACUUACUGAUUCUUUGAUGCAUAUAGGCUACUAGAUAGAUAUUAUGUUUACGUGAGUGAGUUGGUUCGUUUCUCGUUUCUGAUUGGUAACGUGUGCAAUCUGUUUUCUUAUAUUAGGUAACCAAAGAGAGCACUCUAAGACUAUUAAUAGUUAUUGUAAUUAUUGUUGGUUUGUUAUUUAAUAUUUUAUAAUUUGGUUAAAUAGUAAUUUAAUAGGGUUAUGAGUUCAUUUUUCUGGUUUGAACUGUUAGACCUAAAAUAUAACCCAUUGGUUCAUUAAUUUAAUUGUAUUAUAAACUUUCCUAUUAUUGGUGGAAAUAAAUUGACUUCGAAAUGUCUACAUCGGAAUCAUCCAACAUAAGGAGCAAGAGACCUGCUGAUAGUGCUUUUAAACAGCAGCGCCUUCCAGCCUGGCAACCAAUCUUGACAGCAGGAACUGUUCUGCCUACUUUCUUCAUCGUGGGAAUUACUUUCAUCCCGAUUGGCAUUGGACUGCUAUAUUUCUCUGAUGGGGUGGGAGAGAAGAGUAUAGACUACACGUACUGCAAGAGUGUGGAGGUGCCUACACAGAACUGUGCAGAUAUAGUUACCAGCAACAACAGCAAUGCCGGCUGCACCUGCAGAGUCCCUUUCACUCUAAAUACACCUUUAGAGGGAACGGUGUACAUGUAUUAUGGCCUGUCCAAUUUCUACCAGAACCACCGCCGCUACGUCAAAUCCCGUGAUGACUUUCAGCUGCUAGGCCAACUGAGUGACAACCCAUCUACUGACUGUGACCCAUUCCGCAUCCUCAACAAUAAACCCAUUGCACCCUGUGGAGCCAUUGCUAACUCCCUCUUCAGUGAUGUGCUGACGAUAUUUUCACAGGAGAUUAACAAUAAUGUACCACUAUUGAGGACUGACAUUGCCUGGCCAUCAGACAAGGAGGUCAAGUUUCGUAAUCCUCCCAUACCUGCUGGGCAGACCCUCAAGGAUGUAUUCAAAAACUAUGAGAGGCCGCCAAUGUGGAAAAAGUAUGUAUGGGAGCUGGACACAGAGAUAUCGGGCAACAACGGGUUUCAGAAUGAGGACCUGAUUGUGUGGAUGAGAACGGCGGCACUGCCCAGCUUCCGUAAAUUGUAUCGUCGAGUGGACCACAGCAUUCAGGGCUUCACCAAAGGGCUACCCAAAGGGAACUACACUCUCAUUAUUAACUACAAUUACCCGGUGACAGAGUUUGAAGGCAAGAAACAGAUGAUUCUGUCAACAACAUCAAUUUUGGGUGGCAAAAAUCCAUUUAUGGGAUAUGCGUACAUUGUGGUAGGCUGCAUCUGUCUGGUGUUGGGCAUCGCAUUUCUAAUUAUCCACAUCAAAUUCGGCAAGAGGACAGUUUUUGCUGAGAGACAGCGCAAAGCUGAAGUUAACGAGGCAUUUACAGCUGAGGUGAUCAACGUGAACCCUCAUGCCUCAUACCAGUAACCUGGCCUGCCUUGUGCCUUUCCUUCACUUCUAGUCACUUGUCAGCACACCACCAUAUAUUGGCUGAUCUUCUCUUCACAUGUUGUUAUUGGUGUAGACAUGCCAUGUCAUUGUUUAUGCUUGAAUUCAUACAACGUUAUUUCUUCACUUUGUUUUAAGAAUUUAUUAUUGUUUUAAAGUUACUUUAUUUUGAUCAAUUUGUUUUUUAAUUCGCAAAAUUUAGCAAACUAAGCUUUAAAAAUUGACAUUUGUAAUAAUACAUUUUAGUACAUUUAAUUUAAUGUCACAUCAUAUUCUUUGAGUAACCUUGUAAAGGUUGAAUCCAGAAUCUUUGAUUAAAUUGGAUGCCAAAUGUAUAAAAAUCUAAUAAAAAAUAAAUAAAAUCAUUACCAAACCGAAUUUUAACUAACUCUUUAGAGUCCACCCAAUAACAUAAAAAGCCAUACAAGAAUACCACUGUAAUUUAAAGAUAGUUACAGAUGUUGAUGCUAUACUUUAAGAACCAAGACAAAUCCUCUACCUUCUACUUUAAUUUGGUAGAUUAUAAUAGGGAUUGUACGCCUUUAAGAACUUUUGUCUCUUAUCAGCAACAGUAUGGAUAAUUGUAUUAUUAAUAACACAUAUUUAAAUAAAACUUUAAAAAUUAUAUACAAAGAGAGAAUGUAUAUAUUUAUAGAGAAAAUCAUUCUAACUACGCAAAUUGCAAAGUAAACAAAAAUUAGUUAUUUGCCAUUAAUUAAAAGCACCAUACUCACUGUAGUUUAUGUACGCAAACAGAAAAUACAAACCAGAAGUCAAAAAAGGCUAUAAUAAUUCAUUAACUUGGCUAGUUUAGUUAUCUAUGCUUUUUUAAAUACAACAUACGACAGAAAUUUUCGUAAGCGAUCAGUAAUUUUUACUGUAGAACAAUUACCACGAAUCCACGAAUUAACACAUCAUACUCAUGGUUUUCAAACAUAAGGUAGGCCAAAUUUCAUGUUUUAGCAAUUAAUCAUCAAUUUAUGUACUGCAAAUCAGUUGGUGUCCGUGAAUAAACGAAGCUGACACGUGGCAAUGCAUGAACAUACAUAUGAACUGGAAAAAAAUAUUAUUUAAAAUAAUCUUCUCUGAAGAUUGGAGAUCUAAUUUGACACAUAAUUAGGAUAAAAACAAUAGUUUUUAAGCUUCUUAGAAAUUAAAAGAUGGACAUGGUAAAUUUUGUUGUCAAGCUCAAUGUUCAAAAAUUGAUAAAAAAUAAGGCAAUAUGUUGAUUAUGAAAUAAGCAUCAUAACCCGAGUUAAGAACGGUUGAUUCUAACUUAAUGAAAUCAACUUUCACUAUUAAUUACUUUUAAAUUCAAUUUCUACUUUGUGAGAAUUAAUCCUAAGUAACACCCAGAAGGUGUGAGUUAGAGUUUAUUUUAGUUAGUUUAAUUGAUCCUAUUAAGUUCACUCUCUUUAUAAAUAGAGAGUUCAUUUCUAAACUAAAAUGUGUUGCUGAUUUCUUUGUAAAUGCUUACAUUCAGUAUUUUGAAUGAAAUCUAAAAUAAAGACCAAUUUAUUAACUGUUCCUAUGUUAAUUUGUGAUAUAAUUAGUUGGAAGAAACAUUUAAGCAUUAUAGAUAAACAGUUAAAUUUUAAGUUUAUAAUAUAAGUUUGAAUAGAUUAAUAUUUUAUGUAUUUAUUUAGUUAAUAUUUCAAGGUAUGUGACUUAAUUAUUAUUAUUUUUUUUUUCGUUGUAUAACUUUAGUCCAGUAAGUAUUUUACAUGUAUUGAAAGCUUUUAAUGUUAUAAUAGUUUAUGUAUCUACAUGUUUAAUAAACGGAUAAUAAAUCUUUAGUUUUCUGUAUAA